AGAGAUAGAUAGAGAGAGAGAGAGAGGGAGAGAGAGAGAAUCGUAAAAGAGAGAGAGAGAAAUGUGUUAAUCUGAAUUAGAGAUAGGGUUGGUACAAUUGGUAAACCGAAAUAUAAGAUUUCGACCGGUUUGUUUUUUCUACUUUCUCUAUCAUAAAGGUAUAGAAGACAAUGACUAAGGAAGAAGUAUGUCACAUGUGCAAUGUGCCUUAGAGAGUAAAUCCAAAGACAUAAAGUGUCUUGGAGAGUAAAAAAAUCUAGUCUUUUUUGAAAUUUACCGUGAUAUUUUUUUGCACCUAUUAAACAUGUUGUGGCUUAACCAAACGAAAAAUCAAAUAACUAAGUACAAACCAAAUCUAAAUUCAUAACUAAUCAAACAGUUCCUAUAUAUCUUAGAACAGAAAACUAAAAACUAAAACCGAAGUGGAAGUGUAUCGAAAAUCAAACGAUCAUACCUAACAUGUUAGUAAAUUUAUCAACAAAAUAUCCGCGUUUUUAAACGCGGGUAGUAUCCUAGUUUAGUAUUGAACUCGGAAGUCUUUGGUCUUUGCCACUAAGAAGUCUGGGUGGGCUCUUGUUUUUUCUGCGGUACGGGUUCGGUUUCAAUCGAUAUAUACCAAACCGGUAAGAUUUUAUCCUUACCAAACAGUCACUAUUGCGCGAAAUACCAUAAACGCCGUCGUUUCCGAAACUAGAAAAACAGCGCCGUUUUCUACGUAGCGAGGAGAAGAUGAAACGACAUUGUGCUAAGAGCAUGUACAACGCGGGUUGUUAGUCAAUCCAUAAGUGUAAUCCUUAGGUUUUUGUGAUUAAAUAAACAUUAAAAAUAUCGACUAAGCUAAGGAUGAAUCCUAAAUUAAGGAUUAAAAGGACGGAGUCCGUAAUGCGCUGGCGUUACGUGAGUGGCUGGAGUCACGUUUGUUUUUGGUGGGGGGAGUGAAAAAAAAACGCGAAGAAAAUCAUUUGUUCGACCCAAGGAAAAAAAAAACCAGAGACGUGACGGAGGCGAUAGAGGGGCGAAUCGUGAUCGUCGUUGUCGAAGGUAAAUCCGGCGUCUCUGUCUGUUAAUUUUUCUUCUGGGCUUCAUGGAUGUUCAUUUCAUCGGUUGAAAGGGUUCGAUUGUGGGGUUUAAAUAGAAUUAGGGUUGAAAUGGGAUUGGGGAUUUCAAUCGAAUUAGGGUUUUUGUCUGGGUUUGUAAUUUUCUUCUUUUCGAGGCGAUGUUGUGUUGUUAUUGACGCGAUUACAGGUUCUGGAUUGAGUAAAUGAGAUUGGGGAUUUUAUUCGAAUUAGGGUUUUCUUCUGCGUUUGCUAAUUUGUUCUUUUAGAUACGAUUGUUUGUUGUUCUCGUCGGGAAUGAAAUCGAAAUAGGGUUUUGUUCUGGAUUUAUAAUGGUUCACACUCGAUAAAAGGUUUGAGGCUGGAUUUGUUUUCGUUGCAGGUACAGAAAUGGAGGAAGAACUUCGAGAUAUGAAAGCACACAAAGCGUACAUCAGCAUGGUUGAUUUCGUUGCAGAAGCGCAACAGGGCAUUCCCAAACUGUGCCCCUGUGGCUCAAUCACGAAGGAAACCGUUGAUGAAGAGGACACUUACGACUACCUCCCUGGGAAAAGAUACUUCAUCUGCAAAGACUUCGAGGUGUGAACUUUUCUUUCUAUCUCAUUUAUUUAUAUGCGAUUCUUGUUCUUCCUUAUUUGUUUGUUGUUUGACCAAUUUCCACUAUUUUGUUUGGCAGAAUGACGGACUUCAUUUCAGGCAACCAUGGGUUACGGGUGUGACAGAAGAGGUUGAGAGGCUGAAACUACGGGUUCACGAGCAUGAGAAGCUUCUCAGAGAGUGUGAGGCACUUAAGGUGAGAUUCAAUUGUCAGUUUCAUAAUAAAGUUAGUUGUUUGUACUACAUUUCUAAACCAUUGUUUGGUUUACCUGUUCUCUGUACAGGCACAGGUUGCAAUGCUGGUAAAGCGGGUGACAGAACUUGAGUUACUGCACUGAGGUUAGUCUAACUGAACUUUAUUAGUUACUAUAUAACUCGCUAGUUACUAGUUUUAGUUGUUUGAAUAGAAACGGAUAGGACAUGCACCUGUUUAGUUUGAAAUCUGUACACUUUGCGUUAAUGAACUUGUAGAGUGUGUAGUUAUAAAUGCUUAGCUUAACGACCAUUAAAUUUUCUAUAGCUGUUGUGAUAGGACAGUUUUCUACUUGUAUUGAAUGUAGAACCCUUAUUUAAUCUUACUAGUUUCUAGUAGAGAAUCACACAGUUUUAUUCAUACUCUUUACAAACUCCUAAAUGGAAAGCUCCUCUAGUUUUGUUAACCUGUUAACGAGUCAAGGGUCAGUUGACCUUGACUCAUUAGAAACUCCGGCGUUUAGUACCCAAUCUCCGCAAGAGGCAAGUGUGAAAGAAAGGAGAAAGUGGACUGUCAAGGACGAUUUAGUCCUCAUUGGGGCUUGGCUCAACACCAGCAAAGAUUCAAUUGUCAGUAACGAACAGAAAGGCGCUGCCUUCUGGAAGAGGAUUGUAGAGUAUUACAACUCCAGUCCUCUCCUCGUUGGGAUGGUGCCUAGAGAACUAGGGCAAUGCAAGCAAAGAUGGGCCAGGAUCAAUGAUCUGGUCUGUAAGUUUGCUGGCUGCUACGACACGACCUUGAGGGAACAGAGAAGCGGGCAAAACGACAAUGACGUGAUGAAGGCUGCGUUGGAUAUCUUCAACAGUGACCACAACAUGAAGUUCAACUUAGAACAUGCGUGGAGGGAGCUUAGGCACGAUGUGAAAUGGUGUUCUACGUAUAUGGAGAAGGACAAGGAUAAGCGCAAGGCAACUCCAGUGCCAGAGCCAGAAGAAAGACCGGUGGGGGUUAAGGCUGCUAAGGCUGCGGGUAAGAGGCACAAAACUGGAAAAGAUGAAGAGUUAAGCAAGCUAGAAGGACUUAUGGAGCUGAAAAAGCAAAUCUCAAAGCAAAGUUUGCUAGAGAGUUUGCUAACUAAACCAGAGCCACUCAAUGAGAUGGAAUUGGCUCUGAAAACGAAACUGUUGUCUGAAUUCUUGUCAUGAGUGAUGGUUUGUUAGUGGUAGUUAUGUUUGCAUUACAAUGUUUGCGUUUUGUCUACUUUACUUACUCAUCUCAAAUGCUUUGUUUCAGGUGAAGUACAUGACAUGUGCCACAUGAAGACAAAUGAUGUUGUUUCAGUCACGGGUGUUUCUUUUUUCCUUGCGCAUGUGAACCAAUUCAGAGGUUCACAGGUUGUAUGUUUAGCUGCGGCUUUCUAUUGUUUUUUUAUAACCAUGUCACGGGUUCUAUGUAACUUUUCGUGCCUUUAUAAGGCAGUGUGUAAUGUUUCAUUUCUUGUACUCUAAACUUGAACCACAAAAUGUAUCAAACGUACGUUUAAGAAUUCUCAACAUUGUCUUUCGCUUAGAGCACCUAUUGUCGUUUGAUAAAGUCUUAAGUCUUAAGUCUUCACAUAUCAAGGCUACAAGGUAAUAAUUCCUUGAUCCAAAGCAUUGUCAAAUAUACAUGUGAUCAUACAUAUUAAAGUCUUAAUUUGUUCACUUAAUUAAACCUCUGAAUAUGAUUUCUAAAGGAACAUUUUGUUAAAGCAAAGAUAAGUAAAUUUAUAAAGUUUACGAAUCAUGAUCACGUUACGUUUACAAAGAAAAGUAAAUUUGUAAAGGAACUAUAUUGUAAAAUAGAAAAAGAAACAUAGUACGUUAUAAAUGCGGCUUUAGAUUAUGUUCAUCAAAUCAGGUUAUUAUUUCCUCAUAAUUAUAGACAUGAUCUUCAAUAUUUUGAUUAUAAAUGUUUUUUUUAACUUUGAUAUAGCCAAAUAUGGGAGAUGAAGUGGAUCGCAGAUUAAAUGCGGCUUUAGAUGAAGCUGUCGAUGAAUAUUUGGAAGAUACAUACAACGACAUCGUAAAGAAGCAAAAAAAGAAAGAGAGAAAACGUGCAUAUGUCGAAAGAAACCGCGAAGAGGGCCAUACCCGUCUAUGGAAUGACUACUUCAGUGAAAAUCCAACAUUUCCGCCUCAUUUAUUCAGACGCCGUUUCCGCAUGAACAAGGACGUUUUCAUGCGUAUUGUCGAUCGUCUCUCAGAAAAUUAUCCUUUCUUCCAACAAAGAAGAGAUGCUGUCGGAAGAUUAGGUCUAUCUCCACUACAAAAGUGUACGGCAGCUCUU